AUGGAAUUACCUUUUUUCUUAAGUACGUUAAUUCUCUUAGGACUCGCAAUACUAUUAGGUUAUGUAUAUCUUGUUUGGAAUUUUAAUUAUUGGAAAAAACGGGGUAUUAAUGGACCAGAACCAAAAUUGUUCAUUGGUACAUUACCAAAAUCAACGCAAGGUGGACUUAAUUUAGCAUAUGAUUUUGUUGACAUUUACAGGAAAUAUAAACCUACUGAGAAAUUCGUUGGUAUUUUUAGUUUUAGAGAACCUGAAUUGUUACUGAUAUCACCCGAAUUAAUACGCGAUGUUUUGACAACAAAUUUCAAAAGCUUUCAUGAUAAUCAAAUUAGUUCGUGGGUUCACCAUGAUGUUGACAAAGUUGCUGGAAAUAAUCCAUUCUCUCUAUAUGGUGAAGAAUGGAAAAAUAUGCGUUCGAUUUUAUCACCAGCAUUAACAAUAAAUAGACUUAAAAUAUCUUAUCCAGUAAGUCAAGAAACCUGUUUCAAAAUGAACAACUUUUUACGAAAUCUUCAAGAGAAUCGAAAUUCUUCAAAGAGUAUAUGUGUUGAUGGAAAACUGUUGGCCUUAAGAUUUACAGGUGAACUUAUCACUGAUUUAAUAUUUGGUUUAGAAGCGAAUGCUUUCGAUUUAGACAUAUCAAAAAAUUCAAUAAUGACCUCUGGAUGGAAUUGCAUGAUUAAUGAUUUUAAAAAUGGAUUUGGAAAAUUUGCUAUAUUCAGCAGAAUCCCAUAUUUAUCAAGAAUUUUAAAUGUUCGGCUUUUUAGUAAUUCAACUGAAAAAUUUUUCUUGAAAUUAUUAAAUGAUGCUAUUGAAUUAAGAUUAAAAAAUCCAAAUAAUCGUACGGAUUUUCUUAAUUUCAUGUUAUCCCUUCAAGAAAGGAAUAAUUUUUCUACUGAACAAUUAUUAUCAUAUGCGCUUACUUUUGGAUUAGAUGGCUAUGAAACAACAGCAACUCUAUUUAGUCAUACUCUUUUAAUGUUAGGUCGCAACAAAAUAGUUCAAGAAAAAUUAAGAAAUGAAAUUAUGGAUUUAAUUGAUGAAAAAGGCACAUUAGACUUUAACGAAAUUGCGGAAAUGAAAUACUUAGAUCUCUGUGUUCAUGAAACUCUACGUAUUAUUUCACCAAUUUUGUAUAGUUUUAAGAAAUGUACACAACCUUUUACGUUCACAAAUUCAGAAAAUGGAAAAACUAUUGAAAUUCUUCCUGGACAAACAGUAAUUCUACCAUUUCAUUCUUUACAUCAUGAUAGAGAAUAUUAUCCAAAUCCUGAAGAAUUUAUACCAGAACGUUUUAGCGAAGAAAAUGGUGGUAUCAAAAAAUUUAGAGAUGAAGGAAAAUUUUUCCCAUUUGGAGACGGUCCGCGAAUAUGUCUUGGUAUGAAAUUUGGAUUAAUACAAUCAAAAAUUGGAAUUUGUGAAAUUUUACGGCAUUUUAAAAUCACGGUGAACGAAAGAACUAGACAUAAUAAUACCUUGGCAACAGAUUCACUUUUUGCUAUGCUAGAUGGUGGAAUUUGGUUAGAUUUUGAAGAAAUCUAUUGGCGAAAACGUGGUGUAAAUGGUCCGAAACCAAAACCAUUUAUUGGAACAUUUCCAAAAACAAUGUUAAAAAAUUCAAAUUUAAUAUAUGAUCAAACGGACUUAUAUAGGGAAUUUAAAUCAACGGAUAAAGUAAUUGGGGUAUAUACAAUUAGGGAACCUGAACUUAUGAUUUUAUGCCCGAAUUUAGUACGAGAUAUAUUUGUUAAAUAUUUUAAAAAUUUUCAUGACAAUGCAGUUGGAAAAUGGAUAAAAUCGUGGUAUACUAUAACCCAAGAAGCAUGUAAUAAACUUUCGGACUACAUAAUAGCAGCUAAUAAUAAAAAUUCUUCAAGCAUAAAUGCUAGAAAUCUUGCUCUACGAUUAGAAAAUUCAAAUUAUCGUAAUGAUUUUCUGGACACAUUAAUUCAAUUGAAGGAAAAUAAAAAUUUAACAUUAGAUGAAUUAGUUGCACAUGCAUUAACAUUAACAUUGGAUGGCUAUGAUACAACAGCUACAACAAUAAGUCAUUGUUUAUUAUUGCUUGGCAGAAACAAAAAUGCUCAAAAUAAACUUAGAACUGAAAUUUUUAAUAAUUUAGAUGAAAAUCAAUGUUUAAGUUUUGAAAUCUUAAAUGAUAUGAAAUAUUUGGAUCAAUGUAUUAAUGAAACUUUGAGGAUAUUUCCACCGAUCGCAUUCAGUUUAAAACGUUGUACUGAAACUUUAACAUUAGAAAAUUAUAAUGGAAAUAAAAUAGUUAUUAAUGACGGACAAACAAUUCAUUUACCACUUUAUUCAAUAUAUCACGAUCCAGAUUAUUAUUAUAAUCCUGAAGAAUUUAUACCAGAAAGAUUUGAUGAAAAAUUUGGUGGUGUCAAAAAAUUCAAAGAAGAUGGUAAAUUUUUUCCAUUUGGAGAUGGUCCAAGAAUAUGUCCAGGUAUGAAAUUUGGAUUGUGUCAAUCUAAGGCAGCUAUAGCUGAAAUUGUUAAAAGAUUUUCAAUUGAUGUUGAUGAAAAAACAAGACAGGAUAAUUUGAUUGGUUCCAUUAGCUUAGCAUUUUAG